AUGUUCCUCAUCGGCCCAUCCAAAAAAGAAUACCAUCUCCCCAAAGCGCUAGUCACCAGCCUAACCAACGAUAACACGCUGGAAGACAUGUUUUCCAACCAAUGGGUGAUCGACUGGACUUACCUCGUGGACGAAGACCUGUUCAACCUGUUUGUGCAGUACGCCUACACGGGCGAUUACAAGCUGCCGGACCCAAGGAUGAUGGAAGACGAAGUCAUUCACGCACACCAAGUCUAUGACGAAGCCAGGAAGAAGCACAGCCCACAAGACUACUGGCUGUACGAGAACAACCCCCACGUGCAGAGGCCGACGCCUUCAUCAGUGUUGCGAUGCCACGCUCUGGUGUGGAACUUUGCCAGGCGCUGCCACAUUGCGGGCCUCGAGGCCGUCUCUCUGAAAAAGCUGCGGGAAGCGUUGGCGGGCUAUAUCCGGGUUUCCAAAUCGAGCGACUAUUUCGGCAUGGAAGAAGCCAUGUUCGACCAGGUGGUCGACGUGGUUGGCUAUGUCUAUCACCAGGGCCGCCAAUACUGGGGCGCUGCUGACGUCAAGCACGAGACACCUUUGGCGAAGUCGAACUCGAUGAGGUUGACGGUGGCGUGGUUUGCGCGCAAAUAUCUCUGCAAUAGAGGCUUGACUGCUGUGGGAGCCCAGUUGGUUGGGGACGUCCACGACAAGAACUUGAAGACGUGGGCGAAAUUUCUGAGAGCUGUGCCGUUGGUUGCCCUUGACAUUGCUCUUUGUGACGCGAAGAAAGUGCCGUGGACGGAAAUAAAGAAGGAAGAGGAGGAUUGA